AAGACAAACCGAUGUAACAGCCUGGUCAGGAUACAUAAGGGAGCGAGUUUAGUUUUCGUCGUCUUAAAGUCAACAGUCACCACGGAGUAAGAGUCCCUGCAAUCCGAAAGACAAUGUUUCGACUUUGCACACUAGUGCUCUGUCUCUGCGUGGCGUACAAUGCAGCACAGGCCCGCAGCGUUGCAUCUGCAGGUUCAGACAUGGUCGCCGCAGUGGAGGCGCGUUACGAGGCCGUCAAGAAGAACGCCACACAGCUCGUUGAAUCCUUGAAUGCAGCAGUGACGGCUGGCAAGCUGACUUUAGAACAGAUCCAGUACGUCAGAUUCUAUCUUCUGCUCGACGAGCAACAAUCCGAUCUCAUCAAUUCACAACUUCUCGUCGCUGUUGGGAACUGCUGGAUGUUUAUUGACGUGCCAGGCGGCCUGGAUGCGUGUCAGAUCGGAGCGGCUGGCUCAGUGAUGAUGGCAGUCGCGCAACUCGAGUCCACGUUCAAAGUCCAUCAGGCCAGCGCUUUAGGGCUCCUUGGCAACUAAAGUAAGCGUCAAAAUUGUACAAUUUUCACACCCUGCAGGCAGCUAACUGAUAAAUAUUGAAUCGCGUCAAAAACUUAUUUUAUUGUUGAACUGUUUUGUAAGCAUAUUUACAAGUUUGUAAUAAAAAUCAUCAGUGCCA